AAAUUUAUAGUGCGAAGUAGAAAAGAAAACAAGAAAUGAAAAUAAAUACUUCCUGUGUUUAUGGUUAUGUGGUGAUCCACGGUCAAACCUCGCUCACCGGAAUGAGAAAGAGUAUGUCAGAUCGUAGAGAAAUAAUAAGUUUGGUAGUAAAACUAUAGAGAGAGAGAGUGAAUAUUCGUCUAUCCUCCUUUCCUACUCAGUCCCAGUGUGGGCCUAUUUAUUAUCUUAGGAAAACGGCUACCUCUUGAAACGUGGUCCAUCCCUAGAGAAACGGUCUUCCCCCACUUCUCCAGGGAUGAGCGUCAUCUUUUAGGUUCGUUCCUAGAUGAGCGUCCUCCCAUUAGCGUAUGACUCAGAGGGUUGAUAUUCUCGCUCCGCUAUGCUAGGGAAGAUCGCUAUUUUUGUGGGUUAGUUGGGAAACUUAACGUUCUUCUUCCUCCACGCGUCAACCCUAACAUUACACUUUAAAAUCAAGCUUUAUUGUGGGUUGGACAUUCGAAUAUGGGUAUGACCCAAAAAGCAUGGAUUGGGUGUUGCCCAUGUGAGCCAUUUGGCUUACGGGUUCCUUGUUUCUGACUUAUAAGUGGGCUUCGUAAGUACUUCGAUCGUUGGGCCUUUUCGUUGGGCUUAGAGCAAUUUUUGGCCACUACAGUUUGUCCCUUGCUCUUUAAGUUGAGUUAUACUCAGGUUAAAGAGCAUUGCUCGUAGGUGUGGAUGAUUGACUCAGAGUGCCUGUAGCGUGAUUUUAGGUCGAAAAUGAUUCGGCCGGCAUAAGCUGAAGUAGUUUUGAAUAUAUCUAUAAGUAAUUUUGUCUUGAUAACAGCUUAUUGCAUCAGUGAUUUUCAAGACAAGUGUCUUGUUUAUCUUUGAUUUAUUGGUGCCUCAUCUUAUUCAAUGUAAAAUUUUAACUAGUUAAAGUUGAAGAUAAAUUCAAGUAAAGGAAUGAGCGAGUAAAUAAUUGAAUAUAAUUUUUCAAUGAGCAAAACACUACUGAUGAGGCGGAGGAAUUGAGGCACAUAUUACAUCAGUAACCUGAGUUCUUAUAUCAUUAAUAUAAGAAUGAGUUGUAAUUAGGUGUAACCUUUAUAUUUAAUAAAGACAUAUGUGUAAGGUCAAACAUCAUAAAUAUUACUAGAAGGAUGUAUCAUUACGUUUUAUAUGAGAUUUUGUUGCUCAUAAUUUUUGUGAGGAUAUUAUGUAUACUUCAUUGGGAUGAGCGCCACUUUGAGAGACUAAAAAACUUUUGUAAGUGUUAUAAUACAUGAAUACAUAAUAUUAGAUGAUAGUUGAAUAUCCAUUCUAGCUUUUAUCCUUUGUGUAGUUUGAGCUUCUAGUAUUAGUGUUACCUUAAAAUGAGAAUAACUUUUCUAUGGAUUGGACUUGAGAUGGGUGACAAUUGAUUGUCAUAGAAAAAGAUAAAAUUAUUAAUGUUAUUUUAGUACCUUUGUCAUUUGAUUUGACUACACCAUUUGAUCUUUUACAAUCUCCUUCCUUUACCUUCACGUGGGCUUUUGUAUUGUAUAUGAUAAAUAUGUUUUACUUCUUUAAGAAGUUUGGGGUCUUGUCCCUUGUAGGGUGAGCUAUUAGCAAAAUAAGCUACCCAAGUGUGUGUAUGGGCGUGAGUGCCUAUUGAAGUGGGUAAAUAGCUUUGUAUUUAUUUAUUUUUUUGUUGGCAAUAUAUAAGACUUUGACAUUUGGAAGACCUUAAGAGCAAAGAAGAGAGUGUUAUUUUCUAAAUGCCAAAGGGUUGAUUGUUGUAAGCUAGAUAAACAAUUUUGGGUAUUUCCUUUCUUGGAACCACUUGAUAUCUUAUUUAUAAGAGAACAUAGAUACACCAUUAUGAGCUAACUAUUUUUUUUUUCUAAGAGGUGUUGUUGAGAGCUUUGGGUGGUGAAAGGCUAGGAAGUCUUCUCCUUGUUGGUAAGUGCUUCUAACAUUUUCUUUUUGUUUAAAAUGUUAUUGUGUUCUUGGCGUUCUUGAUAUUUUGAUAUUUUUUAGAACAAUGUAUUGUCCAAAAAAUAGUUGUGUAAUGUUUGUAUGUUUUGAUUUAAAUUUGUAACAAAUAGUUGUGUUUUUGUGUUCGAACUUGUCCAUGGUAGGUAUAGUAUGACCAUAGAAAUUUUGUAUAUAAGCAACAAAAUUUUUUUUAAUAACCAUAGUGGGUAUGGUAUGACCGUAUGAUUUUGUAUGAGCUUGAUGCAUAAUUUGUCCACUAAAAUUUUAAUGUAAGCAUGAUAUGUAGCAUGGAUGUAAUGCUUUUAUAUGAUGCGUAGUAUGAUCGUUGGAUAUCAUAUCAUAUAUAUAUAUCUUGAGUUUUAAAUUUUGUCUAGUGUUUGUGACCAUACUCUUGUUGAGUGGUGAGAUGGGAUCUUGGGAAAGUGUAACUUCACCAUUAAUGAUUGGGGUACCUUCUUCUACAGAAGGAGGUGCUCAUUCAAUGUUGGAUAGUGAUGAAGAUAUUCCUAAUGCUCAACCAUUACCUCAAGUCACUUUGGUUGACAGUGAUGAUGAGGGGGAAGUUUUUGAUGAGAAUGUAUGUAAGAUUGAUGGAGAGCCUCGAGCUCUUGAGUAUGCGAUAAUGGUACAUGAUUAUGAGGGUGACAAGAAUGAGUAUGUCGGGCGGUCCCUUCACUUUUUGAGGGACAACCCGAGGUCUAGUAUGACUAAGGGUGAUAUCCUACGCAUGCGACAUCAAUAUGAGAUUCAUUCUUCUAUACAAAUGCGACUUCCAACUAUCGCUGAGCGUCCCGAUUGGGAUAGUGGCGAUUGGGUUUGUAUGUAUGAAUUUCCUUUUAGGAUUGGCUUUCGAUUCCCUUUCCCUCCAUUUGUACAAGAAGUAUUGGACUAUUAUGAGGUAGCUCCUAGCCAACUUAUGCCAAAUGCUUGGAGGUUAUUGUUGGGUAUAGAAGUCAUAGUUAGAGUGAAGGGUAAAAGGGUUGACCUUGUAGAUUUUCAGUCAAGUUAUUAUCUUAAACAACACGAUACAGAUAAGGGUCGAUUUCUAUUCACUCUUAGAGCGAACAAAAAAGCUUGGGUAACGGAGCUGGUUCCGAGCAACAAGAGGGGUUGGAGGAAGAAAUAUUAUUUUGUCAAAGGUGACCUGUUUGGAACGAGUGAUUAUGAGGUUCCUACUUCAUGGAGAACCUUAAGUAAGGGGCUCACUCGAUGUCCUCGAGGGGGGUAUUGGUCCGAAGCUCGAGUUAACGACUUGCUCUCUAUUCCUUCCGAUCAAAGAGCCCAUAACAAGCUUCUUGUUUUGGAUAAAUCUUGUGUUGGGAAUUUGUGGAGAGGUGCGCAACGUCAAGAAGACCGUUAUUAUAAGAGGAUGACUUUCAAGGUUUGUGGAGCGGAUGAUGCUGUCGCUAGGGGUAAGACUAAUUUACUUGGAAAGAGGUCUAAGAAGACCACAAGUCAUGUUGUGAAACCUCGAGUUCCUGCUAAGGAACAUGGAACCGGUAGCUCUCAGUUGCUAGCUGAUGGUGUGGUUGCGGCUUCUCCACUGAGGGGUGACAACGAGUUGUCUAUUGAGGAGAGUAUGAUCAACCUGUCCAUCUCUUCCAACAUUUCGGCCUACUCUGACCCUGCUUCUAUCGAAGGUCAUGUUGAGGCUCUUCUCCAUCCGAGAGAUGAAGAGCGUUUGAGGGGCAUUGGAGUUGCGGGGCGAGCGAAUUACGGUGUUUCUACGAUUUACCAAGCUAUUCAAGCAGUCCUCUACUUAAGGCGUGACACAAUUUUGCUUGAUCAAAAGAACAAAGCUUUGAACAAGGAGCAUUCUAGACUUAGGAUGGAAGUGGAAAAUUUGAAACUGGAAGGAGAGACUACCAAAAUCAUCAUAUGACAAGCUAAAACAGGAUUAUUCCUCGUUGAAUACUGAGUUGGAGCGUGUACGUGCCAAACUCAAGGAGGAGGAGGCUAAGUAUGUCGCAUUGUACCAGGAGGUUGAUGAUAUAUCACUCAAGACUGCCAUCAAGACAAGGGGGGAGUUGAUGAUACAGUAUAAGAUAGGGCUCCAUCGUGGAUGGAACGUCAAUGGUGCUAUUGCACUUCAUGAAGAAUAUUUGGCUCUUGAGCAAGAGAAUGAAAUGGAUGUUGACGCUCAUAUCUCUGUGUUUGAUGAAGGCGCUGAUGCUCAUACCUCUGUCCCUAGUAUGGGUGUCGACGCUCAUACUUCUGUUUCUGGCGGGAGUGGCAUUGACGAUGUGAUGUUCUCCAUUGCUGAAGAUGGUACCAUUGCUCCAUAGUGGGUCUUUUAAGUUCUCCCUUUUGUUUACAAGUGACAAUUGAUUUAAACUUUAGGUCCAAUUUGUUUAAAGUAUGAACAUCGCCAUUGUGGCAUUAAGUAUGUAUGCUUAACGAUCCUUUUGAUGUGCGGACAUCCUCUUAGUGAUGACCCUUUUGAAUUUUAUGACGCUUUGAUGUAUGAACGUUGCUUUUGCGGUGGUGUGACUUAUUAUCUUAAUUUGGUAUUAAUAUUCUUCAUUUUUCA